AGCAACCAUUGCGGUGGCGCUUUCGAUGAAGUAGCUCGUGCGUGGUGCAGUGGACCGAAGUGGAUGAGCUGAAGUGCUAAAAUCUGAAGGAACAUAGUGGAAAAUAUAGAUUAAUUGGGGGAGAAAAUAAAGCAACGCACAGAAGGACGCAACACAUAAGCUGGUGCAAAAACUCGCUGAUUUUCGAAAAUAUUCGCCUAAACAAGUUGAAAAUGACAGUUUUGGAAUGGAUAUGGAAUUGUUUCCUGCUUCUGCUUUUUGUGGGUUGGCGAAAGGUAUCGCGAAGGCGGCACUAUCAUUUUAUUGGCCCUCGAUCGGAGAGUGGAGAUAUGACGAUUUACACCCAUCCCUUCGGUAUCACGAGUCGUGCAGAACGAAGCAGCUUCUCGUGAAUAGCGUCUUUUUCGUUGUCUAUCCUUGCGUCCUGUGCGCCCGUUGGUACCCCGCGAACCGCCAGUGGUCGUUGUGGACGGAGGAUGAAAAAGACAAUACCGACGCUUACGUUCAAUAUUCGCGCGAGGAGGAAGAACUUUUGCGCCAUGGUAUGCUCCGCGGGCGAAUGAUAGUACAGAAGGAAAUUUUACUGCCUACCGACAGUAUCCCGGAGGAGGAUGAGCCAUCGACCUACAAAACAUACGGUAGGGUAGAUGAUUGCGUUGUUGCAGUCAACGAAGACGAACCGCGUAAUGAGCGGAAUUAUUCUCCAAAAUCAUGUGAACCUCUGAAUUUGUCGAGAGACGGUGAUGUAAUAGAUUUAAACGAUGAGGACAACAUCCUGCAGCAGCAACCUGCCAAAGCCGCUGAGAGUAUGGAUUCAUCUGCCUGUAGUAGCGAAGCAGAAGAUCAUGAUAGCGUAAGAUUAAUUCAAUCAUCUCCGAAAACAUAUCGUGGUAUUUUGUCGGUUGUCACCCGAGAUAAAAAAGGAUACAUUGAAAGAGAGUCGCAGAGAAAUCAAAGCAGAGCUGAGAAUUAGUUUAGUGAACGGGUG